GGGGCAUAAAUACAAACUCAAAAAAAAAGAUUUAAUUAUAAUUAUUAUCUAUGUCUAGUAGAUAGUGUCUUCCAAAACGUAAUAAAAAAUACUAGAAAUUAACAAAUGAGGAAAGGUGUUUCAUUAUGAACAUGAAAUAGUAAGGUAUGGGAUGUCAAGAGAUAUCCAAAAUAUUAAAUAAAAAUUUAAAGACAGUUUAAUCUGUUCAAAGUUCAGAAAGGAAAUCAGAGUAUAAAUCCCUUAAAGCAGCUAUCACUUAAUAUGGACUAGACUAAUUGCUCCAAAUUACUUCCAUCUAAGUAUUAAUUAAUAUUUAUAUAUAUAGUCUAUGAAUGAUAGAAAGUUAAAAAAAUUAGCAACUAAAAUCAUUAAAAAUGUGAUGCCACCCAAAAAUAAGACUAAGUUUGCUCACUUAAUCCCAGCUCAUAAAACUGACUCAAAUAAAAGAAGAAUUAUUGACCAAAUAGUUAAUAAUAUCUUGGAUAAUAUUCAAAAAAUUUUGAUUAUUAGAAAUAUGACUAGUCUAUUUGAACCAAAUAAUUCUUCAUAAGGUGAUACUAUGUGGUUAGAUAACUCUGAAUUCUCUAAAUUUUCAUCCAAUAUAAUAUAUGAUGAAUCAGAGGCCUUAGACAAUCAAUAUAAUGAAGGGAUACCUAAUAAUGAGUACUAUUCUGAUAAUGUUCCAGAAAUAUUGUAACAAUUUGAAGGCUAAUCUAUAAAUUUCUUAAACCGCAGUGUGUUUGAAAAAACUAUAGAAGAGUCUUCAGAUUGCUAUUUUGACUUAUGAGAUGUCAAUUUUACAUACAAGAUGAUAUCAAUAUA